UAUUACCGGUAAACUAGAGAUAAAACAAAGGUUAGAAAUAUACGUAGCUUUAUAAUUUUUUGGUUCCACUGAAAUUUUAAAAUAUAUUAAAAAUGAGUACAUGGUUGCCGCUUGAGUCCAAUCCUGAUGUACUUACUAAGUAUAUUCACAAAUUGGGCGUAUCGAAGGAGUGGUCACUUACCGAUGUUGUUGGCUUAGAUCCCGAAAUGCUGGAAUGGAUUCCUCAGCCGGUUAAAGCUAUUAUUUUACUGUUUCCAAUUUCCGAAACCUACGAAAAACACAGAGCUGAGGAGCAUGAAAGUUUGAUGUCAGAUCCUGGUAGUUACCCGGAAGACCUUUUCUAUAUGCGACAACUUACUUCUAAUGCCUGUGGCACAGUUGCGCUAAUACAUAGUGUGGCGAAUUGUAAAAGUAUUUCUCUCUCUGAUGGAAUAUUGAAAAAUUUUCUGGAGAACGCUAAGAACUUAACACCGGAAGAACGUGGCAAAGCUUUGGAAAAUGAUAAGUCUUUCACGGAAGGUCACCAUGAACUUGCCAAAGAAGGUCAAACUGUUGCCAACCCUGAAGAAAAAGUGAAUCAUCAUUUUAUAGCAUUCGUUAACAAAGAUGGGACUUUGUACGAGCUGGAUGGGCGGAAGCACUUUCCUAUCAAUCAUGGAGCAACCUCGGAAGAAUCUUUUGUGCAGGAUGCGGCCAAUGUUUGCAGGAAAUUUAUGGCGCGGGACCCGGAUGAACUGCGCUUCACCGUGAUGGCAAUAACUGCAACACAAGAAUAAAUUCGAAAAAUUUGUUUAAAAAAUCAUAUACUCAUAUAUACUUACCUAGUAGUCAUUUAAAAAGUGCGCUUUCACUUUUUUGCUACUUGGUGCUUAUGCAUUUUAAAUGUUUAAAAAUUAGCAAGAAAAUAUAGCUUUUGUACAUGUGUGGUCGCAUGUUAUAUCAUUCGCAAUUUGACAAUUUCGCACACUAAAAAUUCUUAUUGUUUAACUCAUUUGCAUAAAUAUUUAUCAAUACAUCUGGAAUUUAAUAUAAAUAAAUAUAUAAAGCCGCUUGCUUUA